GUACAUUCUCUUUAAAAAGCACAAAGUCUUUAAAAAAACUCAACAGUUCUUUAAGAGCCUUUAAGUAAACAACACAAAAAUGAAAGCUAAUAUAAUAGCGGGCAUUAUUGUGGUCUUAAGCUUGCUUCAGACGACAUUUACCAAACCCGUCGAAGAAGAUGAAAUAUCAUCUUUCGAGGAAGAACUUCGUAACAAUCCCUCACCACGUAAACAACUUCAGAUCUAUGUCUAUGAUAAUCUCCGCUCAUUAAUCAAAGACUAUGCCGCCAGUUCAGUGCAUAAUAGUCGUAAUAUCCUCAAAGAUGAUGCUCUCUUGGGCAACGAAAACCCUGAAGUGUUGGAAUUUAAAAAUGAUUUAACAAAAUAUGUGGAUAGCUAUGAGAGUUCUAAGAAAGAUGUAGUAAAGCUUUAUAGUUUAAUUGGACUUUAUCUGAAAACUACCGAAGAUUACCUACAAAUGCCUGAAGAGAAAAUGUCUUCUGAAUCGAAAUUGAUUUUGGAAUUAUUAAACAAGUACGAAUGUGAAAAUCUCAAUAUGGAAUUUAUCAAGAAAUUUGAUGUGUUCGUUAAUAGCUUUAUUAAUAAGUUUGAAGAUGCUGAGGAGUAUAUGAGCAAGGAGUUAUUACAAUGGUUUGAGGAAUUCAAACUUCGACCAAAACUCGAUAAAUUUAAUUCCUUUAUUGUAUUUAUUAUGAUAGCUUAAUAUUAGGAAUGUAAAAAUUUAUUGUUUUU